AUGCGCCUGUCAUUUUUGGUACAGGAUCCGCAAAGACGGAUAAAAGCAUGUGAUGUUUGUAGCGAGAACAAUAAUAUUUUUAUAUUAUAUCUAUCUAUCUAUCUAUCUAUCUAUCUAAGCCUAAUAAUAUAUUUUACACUGCCCUUAUUUAUCUCCCUAUCUAAAUCUCAUAAUAAUCUAUCUAUCUAUCUAUCUAUCUAUCUAUCUAUCUAUCUAUCUAUCUAUCUAUCUAACAUAAUAAUAUUUCUAUUUAUCUAUCUAUCUAUCUAUCUAUUUGUUCAUAUUUAUCUUUCUCAGUAUAAUAAUAUAUUUUACUCUGCUCUUUUCGAUCUAUCUAUCUAUCUAUCUAUCUAUCUAUCUAUCUGUUUGUUCAUAUUUAUCUUUCUCAGUUUAAUAAUAUAUUUUACUCUGUUCUUUUCUUUCUAUCUAUCUAUCUAUCUAUCUAUCUAUCUAUCUAUCUAUCUAUUUUUUCAGUCACGCCUUAAGAAGAGACCGGUCACAAGCGUUGCAUGCCUGGUCUCCCGGGAUCCCUCUGCCAUGCAUCACAUCCUCAUUUCACGAGGAAAGUACGGCCAUCCUUGUGCUUUGAUCCCUGUGAGAAAGCGGGUGUGGAUGGGCUACGUUUGCCACCACCCUUCCAUAUACAUGUGUGAUUCUCCAUAUUAG